AUGACGGAUGAAAAGAAAUUGAGCUACCUCAUGCGAGGUGUAAAGGAGCAGCUUUUCGCCGGGCUCCUGCGCAACCCUCCAAGUACCGUGGCUGACUUCAUCAAGGAAGCUACGGCUAUCGAGCGGGCACUUCAUCAACGAUGCAGGCAGUAUGAUCGAAUGUCCAGCAGCGCCCCAAUCAGUGCCGUCAGCAUGACGUUUGAGAAUCAGAGCGCCUUGCGAGAUCUGAUUAGGGAGAUUGUCCGCGAGGAACUUCAAAAGUUGCGAACACCGGUCGUUGAAACACCCAUCGCAUCCGUCGUCGAAGUCGUGCGCGACGAAAUCCGGCAAGCAUUUUCGGCAGCUGACCCUGAUGCCGAGCAGCGUCCCAUGAGCUACGCCGCCGCUGUUCGACGUCCACCACUCGCUAAGCCAUCGCCGCCGACGUACCGCCAGCCGCCAGUAGCACCUUGGUCGCCGCCGCAAGAUGAGACGUUGAGGCGACCACCAGUCUUGCCGUACCGCCAGCCAUCCACAACCGCGCCAUGGGCAGCGCCGCAAGAUGAGAUGUUCAGACGUCCACAGAUCCGAAAAACAGACGCAUGGCGCACAGGGACCAUGGAAGACGACGACAUCGUAAUUACAGGUGUCUCGGCACGUUUCCCGCAAGCUGACAAUUUGGUCGAGUUCAAAGAGAAGCUCUAUGGGAAUGUCGACUUGGUAACAGAUGACGAGGCUCGCUGGCCACGUGGUCUCCUGGGCUUGCCAGGAAGGAUGGGCACUAUUCGAGACCUGUCGCGCUUCGAUGCACACUUCUUUGGCGUGAACCCCAAGCAGGCACACCUGAUGGACCCGCAGAUGCGGCUUCUGCUAGAAACCUCGUACGAGGCCAUCGUGGAUGCCGGUUAUGAGCCUGCGACGAUGCGGGGUCGCAAAGUGGGGGUCUUCAUCGGUUGCGGCGCUUGCGAUUCCGAUGAAGUGUUCAGCUUGAACACGGACAGGAUUGACGGCUACGGUUUAGCCGGAAGCAACCGAGCAAUGUUGUCCAACCGAAUCUCUUACUCACUCGAUUUCCAUGGACCGAGCAUCACGAUUGAUACGGCAUGUUCGUCAACAUUCUCGGCCCUAAACCAUGCCGUGUCGGCGAUGCGUUCUGGGCAGUGCGAAGCAGCCAUUGUGGGCGGGAGUAUGGUCGCCCUGAAUCCUGUUACCUCACUAAGUUUCACCCGUUUCGGCAUGCUCUCACCAGACGGCCAGUGCCGGCCAUUCGACUCUGAUGGUAAUGGCUACACCCGAAGUGAGACCGUGGGUGCCUUUUUCAUCCAGAAUAUCGCGAAAGCUCGCCGUAUCUACGCACGAAUUGUCGGCGUCAGAGCCAACUCUGACGGCUACAAAAAAGAAGGGAUCUCCGUACCAUCGACCAAGCUACAGGAAGAACUUAUACGUGAAGUGUAUUCUGAGGCAAAGGUUGAUCCGCAGCGAGUGCUCUACGUUGAAGCGCAUGGCACGGGGACUAAGGUCGGUGACCCACUGGAAUUGGCUGCAAUAAGGAGCGUCUUCUGUGGAUCACAACGAGACAAGCCGCUGAAGAUAGGAUCUGUAAAGAGCAAUAUGGGACAUGCCGAAGCCGCAUCUGGAAUAUGUUCCCUGGCGAAAGUUAUUUUAGCUAUGGAGACUGGCACUAUAGCCGGCAAUUUACACUUCCGUGUGCCAAACCCACGCAUUCCAUCGUUGCUUGACGGCACACUCGAAGUCGUCGACAAGCCGACAGCUUUUCAAGGUGGCAUGAUUGGUGUCAACUCAUUUGGCUUUGGCGGAGCUAACGCGCAUGUUAUUCUGCAAGCAAAACUAGAACCAGACGUGAAUGACAUUCGCCGGGAAAAGCCGGAGCUUCCUAGACUCGUUCUUUUGGCUGGUAGAAGUAGGGACUCCCUUAUGCGGACCAUGGACUCCGUGGAAGCCGAGGGACCAUACCCGGACUCCGGGUACGCUCUCCUGAACCUUGUAGGCCAGCCGGAUGUGUCGCAAUUUCCUUUGCGUGGCUACCUGUUGGUUCCCGUGGAUGGCUCUGGGGAGAACGUAUUAAAGGAAGUCGACGAAGCUCCUUCAAAAAAGCGACCCCUGUGGCUUGUGUUCACCGGAAUGGGGUGCCAGUGGCGUGGCAUGGGGCGGCAAAUGAUGUGCUUUGAUGUCUUUGCACGCUCUAUACAACGGUCGCGUGAGCUCCUCAGGCAGUUCGGCAUUGAUCUCAUCAACUUGGUGACUGCUGAGAAGGAGGCGGAAACCAUGGCGGGACUCUUUGCAUCCAUAGUUGCGCUUCAGGUGGCGCUUGUGGAUGCAGUCUUCGCAACUGGCGUACGGCCUGAUGGCGUAGUCGGACAUUCUAUGGGCGAGAUUGGCUGCGCCUACGCUGAUGGUUGCUUCACUGCUGAACAGGCCGUUCUGUGUGCCUACUGGCGGGGACGUUGCGUGGAUCUAGGCAACCUGCCGAGAGGAGCCAUGGCAGCCGUCGGUCUGACGUGGGAAGAGGCGGCAAAGCGCUGCCCCGAAGGCGUGGAGCCUGCUUGUCACAACGCCGAGGAUUCUGUUACUGUGUCCGGGCCAGCUGACUCUGUGUACAAGUUCGUGGAAGAACUCAAGGCUCAAAAUGUGUUUGCAAAAAUGGUCACCAGCGCAAACGUGGCCUUCCACAGCAAAUACGUCCACAGCACCAAACCUUCUCUUCUGGAAGCCCUCAAGAAGGUUGUAAAGGAAGUAAAGCCUCGUAGCAAACGGUGGUUGAGCUCUUCGCUGCCGCCGGAUCGCUGGCACGAACCUCUGGCCCAAGUGUGCUCUCCGGAAUACCAGGUGAACAACUUCGUAUCGCCUGUCCUCUUCUUCGAAGCGCUCCAACAUGUGCCCAAGGAUGCCAUAUUGGUGGAGGUGGCGCCACACUGCCUUCUGCAGGGUGUCUUGCGGCGCGCCAUGGGCUCUGAGGCCAGCUCUCUCGGACUCAUGAAACGCGAGGUUGAUAACCAUGCAUAUUUCCUGAACACCUUGGGCCAACUGCACUUGCUGGGAGUGAAGCUGGACUUGUCCCCGCUCUACCCACCUGUAACGCUGCCCGUGCCACGUGGAACUCCGAGCAUCGGGCACCUCGUCAGCUGGGACCACUCUGAAACGUGGACCGUCGCCAAAUGGGACGACUUUGCCCCGUUCGCUCAGCUCUCUGAGGAAGUCGUGGAAGUUGAAGUGGGGGACCAUGUACGACAUGCGUACUUGGAGGGACAUCGAAUUCAUGGACGCCUUGUCUACCCGGCCGCUGGUUACAUAGUGAUGGCCUGGAAGUCUUUCGCUAAACGCUGUGGCAAGUCGUUUGACAAAGUGCCAGUGGUUAUAGAGAACUUGACCUUUCACCGAGCAGUGAUAUUGCAAAAAAGCGGUACCACGAAGUUUCUGGUGAACAUCAUGCGUGCAUCGGGAGAAUUUGAGAUCUCGGAAGCUGGAACGCUAGCGUCAAGCGGCCACAUUCGCAUUGCCAAUAAGAAUGAGCACGUGGUUGAUGUACAGGCGCACUCAGCACAAGCCACUGGCAUUGCCUAUGACUUGGACAAAGACGACAUUUACAAGGAGUUCCGACUGCGUGGUUACGAAUACGAGGGUGACUUCCAGGGCAUUCUCAAGGCCAGCAUGCAAGAACCGUACGGAGAGCUUGAAUGGCACGGCAACUGGGUAACUUUCAUUGACACUAUGCUCCAGAUGAGCAUCCUACACAAUGCGAAGAGAACUUGCAGGCUGCCUGUGAAGAUUCAGUCAUGCCGCAUUGACCCCAAUAUGCAUGUAGGAGUCGCCGAGAAAGCGCGAAAUGGCGUUAUGGACGUUGCCUACGACCCGUUUUGCAACAUUUGCCGUUCCGGUGGAAUCACAUUGCAAGGACUGAAGGGAAGCGUCGCAUCUCAGCGCGUCGAAAACCAGGCUCCUCUUCUUAAUGCGUACACCUUCGUGCCGUAUAUAGACAAUGAGGCUGCUAGGGAACAGAGGGAAGCGUCCAUUCGAGAAUAUGUUGAUGACUGCAAUUUAGUUGCACAGGGCAUCAUAAGUAGCCGCAGUAGCAACUCUAACCUUACUGGCCACGCCAGCAAGAGGGAUUCUCAUUUUGGGCAGGGGCUGCAACGCUACCUCACAGACAGCACCAAGAACCACGGCUUGUUGCGUAUUCUGACCACCAUAGAGGAAGAGGUCCGUACAUCUACCAUGCCGGUAGAUUUGAUUAUGCAGUCUUCUGUAGCUAAAUACACGAGGGAGCUGGAAGGUGACAUCAUUAUGUCAACACUACUCGAAGAAGAUCCUCUCAGGUAUCUUCUCGAUGUGGUGGUUGAGAAUACCAGCGUGAAGGAGAUCCACGUUCUAGAGUUAUUCACUCGAGAAGGCCAAUACCCUUUGGUCCAUCAUCUCUCAUCCUUCUUUCAUAUUAGCCACGCAUUGCUCAAUGUAGGCUACACUGUUGCUUAUCCGUCUUCUGGUAUUGCUACACCAAAGGAAGUUCCUGAAGCAGUCAAAGUAAUCCCAUGGGACCCUCAGUCUCAGUCGAAUACUGUACUCCCCGAGGCUGACUUGAUUGUUAGCUGCUUGCCUACGUGGGGUUUUUACAGACUCGAAGCACUAGCUGCAAACCUCUCAGAGCAGUGCAAAAAACAAGAAUUUCUUCUUCUUGCCGCGCGGACAGCAACUACUCAGGCUGAACUUUUAUUAUCGUCACAUGGAAAAGUGUCUCUGACUGCGCAUGUGGCCGAAGACAUGGUGUCAUUGUUCAACCAACAUGGGUUCUGCUUGGUGGGACUCAAGUCCAAUAAUUUUGCUACAUUGCUACUCCUGAGGAAGAAGAGCUUGGCAGAAGUAGCAAAUGUGGAGACCAUUAAGGUUAGCAGUGCUAAGCACGAAUGGAUUCGGGCGCUGUCUACUAAAGCUGUUGAGUUCGAAUGCAAGCCUGGCGGACAUAACCUGUGGCUUCUUGCAGAAGACCGCUGUGUGAGCGGCAUCGUGGGCCUAACCAACUGCGUCCGUCUGGAAACAGGUGGAAAACACAUAAGGUGCAUACUCGACACAACUUUGGGUGACCCACAUGGUUCUGACUUCAACCUGGACAAUGCAGCUGAUAUACCCACUUCAUUAUUAGAGAAAGACCUCGUCAUGAAUGUCUACCGAGAUAGCCAGUGGGGAUCCUUCAGGUACAGCGACACAGUGUUACGUCAGGCUCAGAGGAGAACCUCAAGAGAGUUUGCCUACCUCGACAUUCAGGUUCGCGGCGAUUUGUCAAGCCUUAAGUGGUACGUGUCUCCACUGGGCUACACUUCAACAGACGGGACCUUGUGCGACGUGUACUACGCAGCAGUAAAUUUUCGCGAUGUUGUGCUCGCGACUGGAAGACUCUCUCCUGAUGCAUUGCCUGGAUUCGUGGAGAGCUCAGAUGGCCUGCUGGGUAUGGAAUUUUCGGGCCGCGAUCCGCAAGGACGUCGCGUCAUGGGCUUGGUGUCGGCCCGAGGCAUUGCAACGGUCGUGGAUGUGAACCCUGCUUUCCUUUGGGAAGUUCCGGAAACAUGGAGUCUCAAGGAGGCAGCCACCGUGCCAGUGGCCUAUGCUACGGCCUACUACACACUACUAGUGCGUGGGAACGUGCAAGCGGGAGAGUCGCUCCUCGUCCAUUCUGGCAGCGGAGGUGUUGGCCAAGCCAUCAUCUCCAUUGCAUUGUCUAUGGGAUGCACCGUCUUCACUACAGUUGGUUCCGAGAAAAAGCGUCAAUUUCUCAUGCGCCGAUAUCCACAACUGGAACAUAGAAACGUGGCUAACUCACGUGACUUGUCCUUCGAAGAACACGUCCUACGAGAAACUAAAGGAAGAGGUGUGGACGUUGUCAUCAACUCCCUUGCUGAGGAAAAACUCCAGGCCAGUGUUCGCUGCCUGGCAACCAACGGCCGCUUCCUAGAGAUCGGCAAGUUUGAUUUGUCGAAUGACUCUCCACUGGGGAUGUCGGCGUUCCUGAAAGGUGUCACGUUCCAUGGAAUCUUGCUGGAACUUCUACUCAGAGACGACUCAGGAUGGCGUCGUGUCGCGGAACUAGUCCGCACCGGCAUUGCUCUGGGUGUCGUGCAACCACUCGAUGUCAUCCUGUACCCAUCGGACGAAGCGGAAGCGGCAUUCCGGUUUAUGGCCUCUGGAAAACACGUGGGAAAAAUAGUACUUCAGACACGCCCCGAGGAGGAUCAGCAGUUGCAGCCGUCGCCACUCUGCGUGGACGUCACCGCUCGCACCUGGUUCUACGCGCACAAGUCGUAUGUUAUCAUCGGAGGACUGGGCGGCUUUGGCUUGGAACUUGCCGAGUGGAUGGUGAAGCGCGGAUGCCGAAAGCUGCUGCUGACCACGCGAUCUGGAGUGCGCAUGGGAUACCAGCGUCUAUGCUUGCACAGGUGGAAGAAGGCCGGAGUCAAUGUCAUUGUUAGUAAGGAAGACGCCUCAACAGAGGGUGGUGCACGAAAUAUUAUCCAGAAAGCAGUAGCCAUGGGACCCGUUGGAGGGAUCUUCAACUUAGCUGUUGUUCUCCACGAUGGCCUACUUGAGGGUCAAACAGCCGAAGCAUUCGAGGCUGUCUUCAAAAUCAAGAUUUGUGGCACGCAGAACAUGGAUGAGCUGUCUCGCUUGUACUGCCCUGAGUUAGAUCAUUUCGUCGUUUUCUCAUCCCUCGCCUCGGGUAACGGUAAUGUUGGACAGACUAACUACGGCUACGCCAACUCGGCAAUGGAGCGUAUAUGCGAACGGCGGUCUGCGCACGGACUACCUGGUCUGGCAAUCCAAUGGGGAGCCAUCGGUGACGUUGGAGUGUUUUACGAAAUGAUGGGCGGUGAUGCCAUCGUUGCCGGCACCGUUCCGCAGCGAAUCUCAUCGUGCAUGAGUGUGAUGGACACAUUGUUGAACCAGAGCCAUCCCGUGGUCUGCAGCUGCGUAAAGGCUGACACAUCUUGCGAAGCAACCGCGAACGAAAAGCACGACAUCGUCGACUCUGUGUUGCGCAUAAUUGGUGUCAAGAAUUCGUCACAUCUCAACACGGAUGUGGCUUUCGGCGAGAUUGGCAUGGACUCCCUCAUGGCCGUCGAAGUGAGGCAAACAAUAGAGCGAGAGUGUAAGAUUACAGUGUCAAUGCAGGAAGUCAGGCGGCUGAAUAUAAACCAGCUGAGGCAAAUCAGCCAAGACAUCGGAGCCAAGAAGAACAAAUGAGGACAUGUGAAGCCACGUGGUCAACUAGUGCGUCCUCUAACUAUAAGAGUGAGAACCUGAAAACAUAAUCGCUGGCAUUAAUAAAUAUAAUUACUGAU